AUGGCGAGAUUUAUUCGCCAGUUCUUGGUGUUAUUUUGGAAAAACUGGCUGUCGCGUUUACGCCAACCGGUGCUGUCCCUGUCUGAGAUCAUUUGGCCAUGUCUAUUGUUUUUCAUCCUGCUUGGAGUCAGAGUUCAGCACUCCCCCCAUGAAAGAGAUAAUUGUUACUUGGAGCCACGUAAUUUACCCAGUGGUGGACUCUACCCCUUUGUUCAGAGUCUUUUUUGUGACGUUGGUUCUAAAUGUCAGAGCACGUCAUUCACAGAAGCAGGGAACAUCGAUCAAAAAUCCAGGUUAUCGUUGAGCUUGGAAGAAGAUGGUGGGUCCAGUCUGCUGUCAACAAUAGAAGAACUUGGAAAAGAAGUCAAUGCAACCAUACACCAAGCAUUCAGCUUACAGAGUAAAGUGAAUGAAUUGAUUGAACAGUCAGGUGCAGAUGGACUCACUGCCAUGAAUGGAAUGGACAACAUAAUCAACAUAAUAGCAAUUAUUCACAAUGAAACAUAUACCUGGGAUGUUCUUUUUGGUCUUCCUCACCUUGUACAUGUACUGAUGAAUGAAGACUUUUUAAGCAAAGGGAUUAGCACCAUUACUGAAAUGCUGAUGAAUCUAAAAAGGUUAUUUGAAUCAGUGAAAUACUUUUUCCCUCAUGAGAAUGCAUAUUUGGCUUUAGACACUACUUUUAAUCUGACUAUCAGUAUAAUGGACAUUGUGCGCAACGUGGUUAAUCGAGGUAUGAAAAUAGAUCUGAUACUUAAGGAUGCUCUCUGGAAUGCUGAAGAAGUUCAGUCAAUAUUAAAGAAGUUAUUUAAUCUGGAUCCCGUUAUAGUCGAGCAGCUGAUGAAUACCUCAAUUCCUUUACUCAAGUUUCCCAUUUUGCUGAAUAUGAAUGAAUUCCAAUCAUAUAUAGCCGAGAUGGUUAACAUACCUUUCUUCAUUCGGAGCGACACCUCGGGAUUGCUGUUUCAAUACAUUAAUAAGAUGGAAUUAUUCAAACAGGUCUUCGAGCGAUUGGACCUAGAUGAAUACUUUGUGACCAAGUUUGAUCAAAUGUUGACAGCAGCAGCGAGACCUUUAACAUUCAACCAGAGUUCAGAUGUAGCUAAUUCAACACAAAUUGUUUACCUACUAAGUAACGUCAGUUGGCUCAUUGUGAAGUCUAAACACAAUGCAUCAUCGGAAGAAAUACAGAAGUACCAACACAAUUUGGAGUCUUUGCCACAGUGGCCUCAGCUCAAAUGUUUUCUUGUGAAAGACAAAUUAUUCAGGGACUAUACUAUUGAAAUAAUCACAUUUGAGAAAGAUCUUUUUAUUCUACUGAAGAAGGUGUAUGCCAACUUGGGUUUGACUGAUGUGGAUCGGAUUAUUAUGGACGUUGAUAUCCUAACAUCAGAAAUUAAAAUGAUCUUGACCCAAAAUACAACUGUCACAUGCAAUGAUGUCGUUUUGAAGCUGAAGGGUGUUCUCAAUCUUCCAGAGGAACCAUUUUUAAAUGAUGCUUUAACAACCAUGACCUGUGGACAUCAGGAGCCCAGCGAUCCCUGGAACAUUGCUAAAUAUUUCCCAUCCACCAUGAGAUGGUUUGAAGCUAUGGAGACUAAUGUGCAGCCAGAAUUUCCAGUGUCAGUUGCAGAGACAUACAAAGGAUGGCAGGAAGUAUUAGCCGCAUAUGAGUCCCUCAGUUCAUUUCAAACAGAGUUCUUCGAGAGUCUCAUAACAAAUAUGACGAUGACUUACAAAUUUUGGGAAAACUUUGAACUUGACACUUUUCAGCAGCAUCUCUUGUGGAACUUGGCGUUUGACUUAUUUGAUGCACAGGGGUCCGUGAUGGAGAGCAGUGAAUACUGGCCAGACAUAAAGAAGUAUGUUAGUGGAAUUUGCUGGGUUAUAGAAAGCACAAACCAACCACUUAUAGGAAAUGGAUCGAUGUGUGACGAGACAAUCAACUGGAGAUAUCUGUUUAAUGAAACUCUGAUAUUUAUACAGAAUGUUCAGAAUAAUAAUGGCUCAUGUGAGGAGUGGUUUAUGAAAGCAGCACUGAAAUUUUUAAAUUAUCAAGGCACUCUCAAACUAAGUGCAAGUGAUAUGCAGAUCCUCAGUCAGAGCUUUGGUGAGACUAGCACCACAUUUGCAAAUAUCCAAGGAUUGCAGACAGUUGUAAAGAUUAUUAUGGAGAAUACAAAUCUGUGGAUUAACAAGUUACAAACAGAUGAUAAAACAUCAUCAAUCAUAGAUGCUUUGGUUGACCUUUCUCAAAUAAACAAUGCCAAUGAAUUGUUCUUCAAAAUAAAGGCUUUUAUGAAUGAAUGGUCUAAAGGACUACCAUCAGAAUUUAUGGAAGUAUUCAACAUUUUACUCAAUGUGCUAGAAAAAGGAGUAGAAGAAGCAAUAAUUACCAACCCAUUUCAAGGUCAGAUCAAUAAAUUUAAUGCUAUAUGGACCAAUGUGCAGAAGUUGCUCCUCUACAAUUCCACAGAAGCUACAGCAAAGAGCCUAAAUUUCUUCUGGAAUUUCACUUCUUCCGUUUGGAUUGGAUCAACCAAAGACAGCAUAGAUUAUGUUGAUGUUGCUAAAAUGUUUUUGCAUUAUUUGAACAAUCUUGGUUUACUAUCUCAAGAAGAACUUUCUUUUGUAGUGGAAGCCAUCAUCUCAUCAAAAAACAUCUCAAAAAUUGCUUCUACGGAAAAUCUAUCCCAUUUGCAAAAUAUGGAGUUGCAGUUAUUUAAGGUUUUGGAAACAUUGGCAGUAGAAAAUAAAACUGAGCUUUUGAAGAUGUUUUAUAAUGUGAUUCAAGCAGUCUUAAAAGUGUCAAAUGAAACUGAGCUCUCAUCAGUGGUAGCAGCAUUCAGGAAUAACAGUGAAGAUAUUUUUGGUUUUCUUGAGCAGUUUAGCUCUGAUGACAUUGGUGAGGCCCUUGAAACAGUUAGAAAAAUUGUUGCUGUUUAUCACAGCAUGUCAAGGGAAGAUCUUGCUGAAAAUUUAUUGAAACUGUAUCUCUUUGCUCAGUCACAAAUACAGGGAGACAUCACAAUGAUAGGACCAGACCAACAUCAAAUUAAUGAAACAAUUGCAAAGCUCACAGAAGCUUUCCACAACAAUACAAACAACAUCAGUUGUUUGCUUUUGCAAGCACUGAAGUCUGCAUCUGUCCCCAUUCCUGAUCUUUGGCUGCAGCAAUACUGCUCCCUACAUUAUGCUGGAAGAAAAAAACGAUCAUUAACUACUGGCUUCAAUUCACUAGAAAGUGAGAACCUAUAUAGCUCCUUGGUGGAAAACAUGAUCAUCAGCUUAACAUAUACAAAUAGAGAUGCAGCUGUAUCUACUUUAUCCUGUAUGGCAGAUUUGUUUCUGUUAUGGUUGGAGAUCAUGAAGGAGGUUGCCGUGCAAAUGAACUUGGAUUUUAGGGUAGUCAGCAACCUUGGUACUGCCCUAAUGCAAAUGUCAGAAAAGUUGAAUCGAACAUCAGAAUGUACUAACCAUUUUAUCAUAAGUAACAGCACAGCUGCACUGCAAAUCUUUCUGUGGAAAAUUACUUCCAUAAGUGGUUUAAACCUUCAGAAUUUGUACCAACUGAAAAUGAAUAGCUUAGUUAUUUUACAGCAGGUCAUGAAUUCAGCAUUUCCUUUUUCAAUUGACAGCAAUAAGCUGUAUCAACUUACCGAGGUUAUGGAGAACAUGUUCAGUUUAUUUCAAGGUGACAACAUUUAUGACUGGCACAGAAUCUCCAAAUUCUUGGAAGCGCUUCGACCAAUGUGGUUACUGAAUGGCCCUCAGCAGGAAAUGUUCUAUUCAGUCCUACAUGCUUUUGCAAACUUAGACCCUAGCACUGAUUUGGGAGGUAUUGAAAUGGUCUUCAAUGAAAUUCUUUCAUAUUAUAACAGAAGUGAUAACAUGGACCAGUAUGUCCAAAAUUUGAAAGAGUUCUUUAACUUAAUGGUAACAUAUCAGAACAGCCCAGAUCAGUUUCCAUACAAAGACUUUGUGAUUUUAAUGAAACAGUUAAUCAUUUCUGAAAACAUAGCCACAGGCGAAAAGGAAUGGGGAGCUUUGCUGAACUGGCUGAAUGUUCUGAUGCAAAAUGAUCUUCCUGAUCUUUCACUUUCAUUUCUGUCAAGCAUUACUAAAGUUCCAAUCUACAGAUUAAACAUAUCAGAAAUGGAUACAAUGAUGAAGAGAACAGAGGAAGCAAUUUUCCAAGUUCUGAAUCUGACAGAACAGUUCAAUGGACGUGCAUCUGAAACUUAUUACCAUGGUAUCAUUGCAUUACUGGAAGUGAUGUGUCCUAGUUCUUAUCCCAACAAAAAUAAAAGUAUUCAAGUUCUCAGGAUGUCCAUUGAAUUAGCAUAUAAUAUUUUUAACAAUGAAAAUAUGUCGUAUGUCUUAAUUGAAGAGUUGAUGAAACAAAUUCAAAACCUCAGAAAUGGCAGUGCAACAGCAGAAGUCAUAUUUGGCAGUCUCAGCAAAUUUAUCAGCAAUAAUGUUACCUUCCAGAAAUGGUAUUCAACAUUCUUUACUGAUUCCCAGACUUCUCUUUUCAAAGACAAACACAACAUGUUGUCUAUUUUACUGAGUCGCCUAACUCAACAUUUCUCGACUGCUUCUGAAAACCAAAUCACUUUGCCAGAAAGUAUGACUGAUAUGAUUUACAAUCUCACAACCACCAUACAAUCAAUCAAAGAUGUAUAUUCAAUCAAAGAGCAAAUGAAGCAGAUGCUUGCUGACCUUACGCAAAUCAUUAAAGGCAUAAAUGGUACUGAGAAUAUGGAUGUCCUUUUAACAAAACUGGCAAGGGUUUUGAAAUAUAUGUCAGAAAUUCAAAACAUAAACACUGUACAUGACAUGAGAUUAAUUUUAACAGAGAUUGGGAAUGAGAAUUAUCACCAAACUCUAGCCAUUAUUCAAGAUGGAACUACACUGCUACAAAAUCUGACCACCAUGAAUGUGAGUGAAGCAUUAGGAGCAAUUCACUUGUUUGCAUUGGCACAUCAGCCAGAUAGAUUAAUGCUCAGCAAAGGAAACCAGGUUGAACUAAAUGAGAAGCUAGUCAGACUGAUACAGGUGCUUUCUGCUUCUACUAAUUCAUCACUGACAUCACAAUGUUUGCCUGUUGCUGUUUGUAGCUUGUUGUCUGAGGGAAAAUCCAAUAAUAGUGAUCCAAUUUUCAAGGUUUGUAACUUGGAGGCAAAGCAAAAUCUUAGUACAGUUUUAAAUUUGGUAUCUGAAGUUAAACAGUGUUUUAAUGGAACUGCCCACGGAUCUGCAGAAGUGGAGUGUUUUGGAAGUACUGUGUCUGCAGAAGUCAUUCAGCAAAUAGGUUGUGUUCUUCAACAGUAUAAAGAGUGGAACACAGUUUUGAUAAGCCUAUCUCAAAUUUAUGGCAUGCAGUGCCCAGUUGCAAUGAAACUGCAGGAUAUUUGGGAUAAUUUUUCACAUGUCAUAGUUUCCACCAAUGAGGACAACUUAAAUUGCUUGACUAUCCCAUUAAGACGAGCUAAUAAACUGUUAGCCUUGAAUGGUAAUAAGACUUUGACAAACAAAACUUCCAUUGAACAAAUAAUUACUUUCCUUUCUGAUGUAAGGGAUAUAGUGCUCUUAAUGAAAGACAAUAAAUCAGAGUCUCUACAUUAUACUCUAAGUAUUAUAACUAAUUAUUUAAAAAAUGCAGAGAAAGAUCUAUCAUUGGAUUUCAAAAAACAGGUCUCAACACUGAUUUAUUCUGUACAGUCAUUAAUGUCAAUAUCAGAGUUCAAAAACGAGGACUUGAAAUUAAUGCUGAAUGACUUGCUGGAAGUUCUUAAUGCAAAUAUUGAUGUGACUGACCUUGUGGAGAGCUUGUCCACAGAUAUCAACCAAAUAUUAACCGAUACAAUGAUGAAGCCUGAGAUGAAAGAACUGUUGCCAGCUGUAGAGAAAGUGAUUAACUUCCUGAGAAAUAUGACCACAGGUGAUUUUAUUGAUCUUGACCUGGUGCAGUUUAGUGUAGCAUUGGAUGAUAUGGAGGAGAUUUUGGAAAGAAUACAACAGUUAUCUAACCUCACGGGAGAAAACCAUCUUAAGUUAUUAAACGUCUUGAGAUAUUUUCUAAAAAGAAAGAACACCUCACAAGAAGAUGUUGCAAAGUUUAUGCAAUCUGCCGGCCUGGUGUGCAAUAUUUCACAGCUGCUUAUGCAACAAAUGAACUCUAAUGCAUCUGCUUUUGAUGUCUAUGACGAUUUCCUCCCUUACAUCACCACUGUGCUUUCUGAUGCAAAUGUUAGCCAAAGUUCAGAUGCAUUACAACUAUUAAAUGAUUUUGUACAGGAAGUUUACUUACAGUCAGAUCUUGGAGUUGAAUAUCAGCAAAUGUUGCUAAAAAAGGCAGCUACAAUCCUUAAUCAGUUCCUCCCAAUGAACAAUGAGAUACCUAUCAAUUACACAGUUGUCAUCAGUAAGGUUUGGCUGGAGAUUCUGGAAAUUGACUUCAAUAGAAAGGCAAAUGACAUUGAAGUAAGAAAUAAGACAUUGAAACUAAUAAAAAUGCUUGAAGAAUUUAUUGGUGGUUUGCAAGAAUACAAUCCAAUGAAGGAAGCAGCAGCUGAAGUCUUUAAACUGGUCAGACUAUACCUUAACAUCACAAAGGUUCAAGAGAUGGAUAGCGCUUUUACAGAGUUGGAGGCCAUUUGUCAGUUUGAAUGGGCUAACAAAUAUUUAACAUUAAUGAAAGAAGAUCUCUUUCAGUUAAAGCUGCUGAACCUCUUUUUAGAAAAAAUGUACUUUGUAAAUGAUAUCGUGUGCAUACAGCAGUUUUGUGGAGAGAAUUUUGGAGGCCAUUUAAUCCAUCUAAUGAUUGACCAGUAUACCUUCACUGCUGAUGUUAUGAAGAUUUUAGAAGAAAUGAAUUCUUCCCCUGUCCCGGAAGGCUGCAAGAACUUUGUUAAAUACAAAAAGGAAAUAGCAAUCAUUCAAAAUAAAACACAUCAAGCAGUCAGUAAUGCUUUGAAGAACUCUAUCUGCAAAUGUAACCUGACUCAACUACUGACUGAUCAAUUGUAUGACAGUUUGGGAGCCUUGUGCCAGUUUGAUUCAUUGGGUAAUCAUCUACAAUUACAGAAUGACAAUCUCUUUCACUUAAAGUUUCAGAAUCUCUAUUCAGAAAAACUGUACUUUGUUAAUGAUAUCAUGUGUGUACAGAAGACCUGCAAAAAGAAUAUAGCAGCCAAUGUGAUCCAUGCAUUGACAGAACUGGUUAAUUUUACUACUGAAAUCAAAGAGAUUGUAGAUGAAACAUUUUCUACUACUAUAUCAGGAAGCUGCACAGAUGUCUUUAAUUAUUAUAGGGAACUACAAAUUGCCUCCAACCAGACCAACCAAGCAGUGGAUGCUGCAAUAAGGAACUAUGAUUGCAAAUGCAACUUGACAUCAUCACUGACCAAUCAACUGUAUGAUAGAUUUAAAUAUGCUGUUGGAAGCCUUGGAAAUCUGCCGUCAAACAAUUCUAUUAUGAUAAUACUUGACAACAUUGGAACUUUUCAAGAUUUACACUUAGAGAGCUGUGUGCAAAACUUCACUACUUUGAAAGCAGAUUUACAGAAGAUAAAAAAGUUCUCACUUGAAACCAUUGAUGCAUUACUGAAGGCAAACAUCAGUAUUUCAGAGUUAGUUAUUCAUGCUCUUGCUACAGCUGACAGAUGUGAUGAGACAAGCUUGCGCCUAAUGUUCGCUUUUCCAAAGGACGUAAAUAUUUCAGCUGUGACUGCAGAACUCUGCACCUUGACAUUUUGGGACCGUUAUAAACUUGUUCUAACAAUCAGCCAUAACAUAGAUUUGAGGUGCAUCGCUUAUAAGGCCUUUCUGCCAAUGAUGAUGUCCCCUCAGGCAAAUGAGAUAAUGAAGGACAUCCUGGAAGUGUUCUCUGAAAUUACCUCUCUGGCAUCGAAAUCAUUACAAUUCCUGGAACUCAUUCCCAAGCUUCUAGAUACUGUCAGGAACAUGAAUCUUCCAGUAAUCUUUGAAUUCGAUGAGAACGUCCAAACAAGGUCAUUGGGAGAUUCUUCCUCUAAUCCGCGGGAUGCCAUCUUCGAAGGAAUUUGUAAAACAAAAUCAAGCAGCCUGUUUGGUGAUGGAUUGGCAUUCUCAAAGCUCCCUCAAAUUAAAGAACUCACUGAGGAAGAUUACAUCAAGUACAAGAUUCCUACAAAUACCACUCCUUACUGCAUGGAUUUUUAUGAGGAUAUUCUGAAAGCACCAAAUGGGGCUUUGUUAUGGACUUUCUUGAAGCCAUUGCUACUUGGUGAAGUGCUGUUUGCUCCCAAUACAUCAGAAAUCCUGACAUUGAUGGAGAAGGCUAAUAGGUUACUGAAAACAGUUGAAAACUUGACGAUGUAUUCAAAGUUGUGGCUGAAAGCUACAGAUAUUUUUGUUGAAGGAAACUUUAUGUUAAAUGACCUUAAGGAGGCUUUGCAAAACCGUUUCGUACGCAACUUAAUUCAGAGCCAACUGGAUACUAAUGUUGACCAGCUUUUGAAAACUUUACAAGAUUAUGAAAAUGUGAAGGAUCUUGCUAUGAAAGACCCAGUUGCAAAACAGAUCACUGUUCUCUCUGAGUUGAUGAUUAAUGUCUCAUCCUGCAUAUUAAUUAAACGCUUCAUACCAAUGAAAUCUGAAGAAGACCUGGAGAAAAGAGUACAUGAGCUCAUGAGGGAGAAUACCUUCCUAGCUAGUGUGUUAUUUGACACUGAAGACAGCAACACUUCGAGAAAGGUAGAACAGCUAUCUUCCUCGCUUCCACCUCAAUUGAAGUACACUAUUCGAACCAACAUAUUGCACAGCAUGCCCACUGACCUGCUGCAAAAUCCUAAAUGGGUAUCUCAGCCCAAAAAGUUGCCAACAGACACCAGCCACUAUAACCUUGCCUUCAUUCCAUUGCAAGAUAUGAUUGAGCGCGCUAUCAUUGAAAUGCAAACUGGUCGAGAUAUCUUUGAUCCUGCAAUACAGGUGGAAGCAAUGCCAUAUCCUUGCCACAAGAAUGAUCAGUUUCUCAGCAACAUAGGCUUCUUUCUUCCUUUGUUAAUGAUGCUGGCAUGGUUGAUUUCCAUAGCGUGCUUCGUGCGGAAACUUGUGUUUGACAAAGAGCUUAGACUGGAAGAGUACAUGAAGAUUCUGGGAGUGAAACCAUUAGUUCAUUUUCUGGUCUGGUUUCUGGACAACUUCAUUACCCUAAUAUUCAGCAGUGCUUUCAUCACCAUUAUCCUCAAAGCCAGUGGGAUUCUUCCCAAUAGUGAUGGAUUCAUUGUUUUCCUCUACUUCUUGGAUUUUGGAGCUUCAGUUAUUUCGUUGGGCUACUUGAUUGCAGCCUUUUUCAGCCACGCUAAUACAGCAGCUCUCAGCGCCUGCUUGCUCUAUAUCAUUACCUUUUUCCCUUACAUGGUUUUGGUCGUCGUACAGAACCAGCUCAGCUUUUCCAGCCAGGUUCUAAUUUGUCUCCUGUGUACAACCGCAUUCAGCCAGGGAGCCUAUAUUAUCACUCUUUUUGAAGGGGAAGGAAAAGGUCUCCAGUGGGAUAACAUGUAUGAAGCUGUUGGGGGUGCAGAAAAUGUAUCGUUUGCUUGCAUUUGCUGGAUGCUUGUGGUUGAUUCACUGAUAUACCUCAUACUAGGCUGGUAUCUACAUAAUAUCUUCCCUGGUAAAUAUGGAACUCGCAGACCUUGGUAUUUUCCAUUUACAGGUUCAUAUUGGAUGAAUCUGUGCAGUUGUGCAAAAAAGCAUGAUAGAAAGAUAGGAGAAGGGUACUGGGCUGAAAAUCUGAACCACUACAACCAGCAAAUGAAUGCAAAAGGUGAGCCUUUGAAUUAUAUUAACUUCCAUGGGAAAGAAGAGAUAACCAAUAAAUUGGAGAUAGGAGUAGCUGUAAGGUCUCUCACCAAAGUUUAUAAGCACAAUGACAAGGCAGCUAUUAAAGACUUGAAUCUUGAUUUCUACAAAGGAGAAAUUACAGCUUUGUUGGGACCCAAUGGAGCAGGGAAGACAACAAUAAUGUCAAUGUUAACUGGCUUGCACCAACCCACCUCUGGGGUUGUUUAUGUUGGCGGAAGGAAUAUGAAUCGAGAUAUCUCAGACAUUAGAGAAGAGCUGGGAGUGUGCCUCCAACAUGACGUCCUGUUUGACACCUUAACUGUUGAAGAGCACCUUCAGUUAUAUGGCACAAUAAAAGCACCAGAGUGGACAAAAGAGAAGUUGCAGAAAGAGGUGAACAUGGCCCUUGAGAAAGCAGGAAUUUAUCAGUAUCAGCAUAAACGUGUUGGAACUUUGUCUGGAGGAACAAAAAGAAAGCUCUCAUUAGCGAUUUCAUUUAUUGGAAGCUCCACUACUAUAAUUUUGGAUGAACCCACCAGCGGCGUUGAUCCUUGUUCUCGACGUAAUAUCUGGGAUAUAAUACUGAAAUACAGAGAAGGUCGAACCAUUAUAUUCACGACUCAUCAUUUAGAUGAAGCUGAUGUCCUGAGUGAUCGAAUUAUCAUUCUUGAAGGUGGUCAGUUAAAAUGCUGUGGCUCCCCUACUUACUUAAAAGAACAGUAUGGACACGGUUAUAGCCUCAUCAUAUCAAAAAAGCCUUCUGCAGAAGGAUCUGAUGAGUCAUGUGAUGUUGGCCUUGUGACUUCCCUGGUAAAGGAACAUAUUCCCCAGGCCUUUUUGAAAGAAAAUGCCUUUGGAGAAUUGACAUACAUUAUUCCCUCUGCUGAAGAUAAGACUGCUUUUGAGAAAUUGUUGCAUGCUCUGGAUGAAAAUAUGGAAAAGCUAUAUCUAAACAGCUACAGCAUCUCUGAUACUACACUGGAAGAGGUGUUCCUGAAGUUGAUGCAGAAUGAAGAACAAUCUGAACAACAUGACGAUCAAGAUGGACAGUCUCUAAAAUCUGAGAGUACCACUUUUCCUGAGAAUGAUACUGAGGCACUUGCUGAAGAUCCACGGCUGACUGGUAUAAGACUGACUUUUACGCAGAUGGCAGCUGUGAUGAUUAAACGCUUUCAUCACACCCGAAGAGACUGGAAAGGAGCCAUUGCCAACCUGCUGCUUCCCGUUCUCUUCGUCAUUUUAGCAAUGGCUCUCUUCAGCGUGAAGCCAAUAUCUUCUGAAUACCCUUCACUUAGAAUGUCACCAGAUUUGUAUAAGGAUUCAGAUGCUACCUUCUUCAGUUCUGAUAAAACAGAUUUUCAAAACCUCACAUCAAUGUUGCUGAAGUCAUUAAAAAUAAAUGAAUCCUGCGUUGACCAAGACUCUGAUCGGAAUAAUCCUGUAUGCAUGUGGAAAGGACCUUCAGAACCAGAGAACUCUCUUGUUAAGUGUAAUUGUGAUCAUGGUUAUCAGCAAUGCCCUGCAAUAAAUAUCACAGUUCCGUAUUUCAGAAAUAAUGAAGGAAAACUCUUAUACAAUCUCACUGGCUACAAUUUGGAGAACUAUUUCAUUACAACAGAAAAUGCCUUCAGAUUGAACAGGCUAGGGGGGUGGUCAUUUGGAGAAGAACUACCCGAGGAGAUGAAAGGAAACAAUUUCAAUCAAAUAGAUAUCAACACUUUGGUAAAGGUAUGGUAUAAUCAAAGGGGCUUUCAUGCAGAACCAGCACUCCUGAAUCAGCUCAAUAACCUCAUUCUCUGGGCUAACUUACCGCCAGAUGCCAACUGGGCAGAAUAUGGAAUUGCACUGUAUAACCAUCCUUAUCGUGGCUUUCUUCUGAAUGAUGACAAAAUUUUGGAGAAUCUUCGACAGUGUGGAGUGGCAUUUUGUAUCCUGCUGGGGUUUUCCAUUCUGACAGCAAGUAUUGGUGGAUAUGUUGUACAAGAUAGAAUUACUGGACAGAAAAGGUUACAACACAUCUCUGGGCUGGGCUACAGAUUGUACUGGAUCACAAACUUCCUGUUUGAUAUGAUCUGCUAUUUGGUCCCGGUGGUUCUGUGCAUUUGUGUCUUUGCAGCUUUCCAGUUUUCCGCAUUCACUUACAGAGAUAAUCUGGGAGCCACAGCUUUAUUGCUGAUCUUGUUUGGAUUUGCUACAAUGCCCUGGAUGUACUUACUUUCAAGAAUCUUCGUCAGUCCAGAUACUGCUUUUAUAACAUACACUGCAAUUAACCUAGUGCUGGGUCUUUGCACAAUUCUUGCCACUUACCUUCCUCGCUUUCUAGGACUUCUGUCUAACAAAGCGCAUUUACUGAAUGUUUACAACGUACUUCGCUGGGCAUUCAUCAUCUUUCCACAAUUUUGUCUGUCAUUGGGGCUGAUAGAACUGUCCUACAAUCAGUUACAAUUUGAUCUCACUCAGGAGUUUGGAAUUGAUUCCUAUGUGAGUCCAUUUAAGAUGGACUACCUUGGCUGGGUCUUCGUCGCAAUAACACUGGAAGGGUGUUCCUUCUUCUUAAUUCGACUCCUGUUCCAAGGACAAUUAUUACACAAGCUCAGAUUCAAGGAUUCAACGGAUGAUGCAGCAGAUAAUGGGGAUGAAGAUGUGAAGCAGGAAUGUCAACGGGUGCUGAACGGAGAAGCAAGCAAUGAUGUUAUACAGAUUCACGAUCUAAAGAAAUCUUACUAUAUUCUAAACAAAAAAGUUAGCGCUGUGAAAGGAAUCACCGUGGGAGUUCCAAUGGGAGAGUGCUUUGGUCUGCUGGGCGUGAAUGGAGCUGGGAAAACCACCACAUUCAAGAUUCUGACGGGAGAUGUAGGACCAUCAUCAGGACGUGCAACUAUUAGGACUCCUGCAGGGACUGAACAAGAUAUUGUGGGUAGCAGUAUUGAUGGGACACUGAUCGGCUAUUGUCCCCAGUUUGAUGCAUUGGAUGAACUGUUGACUGGUUGGGAGCACCUGUAUUAUUAUGCUAGAAUCCGUGGCCUGCCUGAAAAGAAGAUCAAGAAGACUAUUCAUGAUCUUGCUCAUCGCCUGCAUCUGGCACUCCAUAUUAAGAAAAUAGUGAAGACAUACAGCGGUGGCACAAAGAGGAAGCUGUCAACAGCAUUGGCGUUGAUUGGCAAACCACAAGUUAUUUUACUGGAUGAGCCAAGCACAGGAAUGGAUCCUGAAUCCAAGCGUUUUCUCUGGAAAGUGAUCCUAAGUGAAGUGGAGGCUGGGUGUGCAGCCAUCUUGACAUCACACAGCAUGGAGGAAUGUGAGGCCUUGUGUACCAGACUUGCCAUUAUGGUAAAUGGGAAAUUCAGAUGCAUUGGCUCUCCCAAACACAUUAAAAACAGGUUUGGUGGAGUUUAUUCAGUUAAAGUAGCACUCUGUCAAAAAUCAGCCAGUGCAAUGGAGCUCACAGAGCUACUGAUGUCACAUUUCCCAGGCACAAUGUUGAAGGAGGAACAUCAACAUGUUCUGGAAUAUCAUGUGCCCCAGAAAAAAGGUGAUUUAACAAAGAUGUUCCGGUUUCUUGAGGAUAACAAAGAGCAACUCGAAAUAAAUCACUACUCCAUUAGCCAGGCAACACUUGACCAGGUCUUCAUUAAUUUUGCUCAUCAGUUAGAGGAACCUCUGGCUGAAGAAGCUGCAGAAGUAGACAAAAGAAACCCAUCGGUGUAGUGCUGUGAAGAAUGGAAUGCUGAAAUUAAUAACAGGAUACUGAUUUUACUUUCAAAGUUAACGUUUUAAAUCUCAGGAUAUGAUAGAUGUUAAAUACCUCAGCCAUUUAUUUUCACAUGUCAAUCGAAAGGAUUUUCUUUUAAACUUAAACUUGUCUAACGAUGAUGGAUUUUCAAAACACUUUUUGCACAAUUGAUCUGCUUACAUUUUACAUGGAACCAAGCUGGAGUAGAUUACAAUUUAAAUCAUAAAAAUGCUGGAUUUACAAUAUUGUAAUGCCUAUUAUUCAAGCAGCUGGUAUAAUCAUGGAGGAAAAUCAGAAGAUGCCUAGAACAAUGUGUUACAUGGAAAAAGAUUUAAAACACAAGAUCUGUUCAUUUAAGAUUUGUUAAUUAGUGGUGUUGAAGACAAAUAUCAGAAAAUUAAGUUAUAUCGAAAUAAAAAUCAGUUUUUGAAUACUCCCUAUUUUGAUGCAAUCAGCCUGAAGAAAGUCUAUCAAAUGAUAACUGUUUCUGGUCAAAAUGAAUCCAGCAAAUGAGCUGUUCUGACAAAAUUGUCACUUUCUGUAAUUUGUUUCUGCACUGUAUUAUAUAAUUAAGUUAAUGAUCUUCAUAAAGUAAAUAAUAUUUCAUCAACUGGUAUCUAAAAAAAUCAUACUUUUCCUUAAUCACUAGAUUCUUUAAUUUUGGGUUAGUUAAAUAAAUCAAUGUAAGAUGCAAUACUGUUAAAGUCAAUUUUUUGAAUGUAGUUGAAUGUUUUCUUUAGAUCUACUUAUGUCUGGUUCAGCAAAAGUCUGGUUAAGAAGAAAGUCAAUCUCUUUUCCACAAAAAUGCCUUUUUGACAUAUUGACAGUUGUAACAUGCAGUGGGUUCCUAUAUGUUAAUUAUUUGAUUAGUUAAUGGUCCCUCAAUAGAUUUUGGUAAUGAUCUGAGAGUCAACUAAGUUAAAAUAGUUUCUGCGAAUCCUGUGAGAACUGGGAUUAAUGCUUUAGUUAACGUAAUGUUUUUUUAAAAAAACAGGGUGAGAUUGAUAGCAUUAACAAAUUAACUUACAUAGACCAUCUUAAAACAUCAUGUGGGCUUUCUUAACCAGAUUCUUGCUGAACUAGGCAGAAAUAUUUGUAUGAUUUUUAAUGUGAUUUAUUUAAUAUAAAAGAUGUUGUAAUUAUAGAAUUGGUUAUUUUAUUCAAUGGGAAAAUUUACUUUUGUGGAUUCCAAAAGAAUUAUAUUUGGAAAUUAUACAUAAAAUGCUGAAUU